UCAAAUUACUACCAAAUAAACUUCUUUUUCUUCAAAGUAAAAAAAUUCAAAAACGAAGACUUUAAAAAAAUAAAGAAAAAAUCGUUUCCACCGUAGACGUCUGCCGGGCGAUUCUUCCGGUGUUAAUAGCUUUUCUUCUUUGUUCAAAAUCUGAGCUUUCCUUCCAUUUCUCCAUAUAUCUUUUUACUAUUUCAGAGCUUCUUGAUUUUAUAGGCAUUAGUUUUCAUGUGAUGCCGUCAACUUGCAAACCGUCACUGGUCUCCUUACCCUCGGAGGCACAACAUAGUCAAGAAAAUGUUCCUAUUCAAAUUGGAGAUCAUGAUGUAUCUCCAUCCACUUCAAACAGUACUGUGCCAGAGCAACGUGCUAAAAAGCCAACUCGGCAGUGGGCUGCUUGGACACGUCAAGAGGAAGAGAGUUUCUUCACUGCAUUACGACAAGUUGGGAAGAAUUUUGAGAAGAUCACAUGUCGUGUUCAAAGUAAAAACAAAGAUCAGGUCAGGCAUUAUUACUAUCGUCUUGUGCGGCGCAUGAACAAACUUUUGGGUCCGCGGUUACGUUUAGAUGCCAAAAACUCUAAAGAUACUAAUGCAGCAAUGCUUCGUUGGUGGUCUCUACUGGAAAAGUAUAGCUGCAGAGCUUCUAAGCUUCAUCUAAAACCACGAAGAUUUAAAAAUUUUGUUGAAUCUUUGGAGCAUCAACUCUUGAAAGACCAGAAGAAGACUGCAAGAAAACGACCUUGUCAAGGGAAGAAUAAUUCACCUACAUCUCCAAACAAUGUAUCAAAUCAGAGUAGGGCUUCGGGACAUGAUGCUCAUACAGUCAAACUGUUUCUUGUAGAAAGUCAAAACAUUCAUAAAUUAGGACCUGGGAAAGGGUCAUUUAAGCGUAAUAACAAUGUAGGUGUCGGUCGUAACAACAGUAAAGGAGAGUCAAAUACCAUGAAACCGGCAAGACAACGGCGGAAACCAGGUGCCUCAUCAUCUGCAUAUAAAAAAUGGGAAAAGGCUGCAAUUGCUGGAGUGUCUUUGGUUGCUGAUGCUGCUGAGCAUUUGGAGAGAACGAUUAAUGAUAAAGAAGAUGAGCAGGAACAGAACGAUAGUGCUGGUCCAGGGCAUAAUAUUCUUGAUCCAGUUGAAAAUAAUGAGCCUCCUUUGCCUUCUUUCCCUCAAAAUCCUUUCACAGAGAACAAUAUACAUGCUCCUGGGAAACUUAAGCUCCAACUCUUUCCAAUUGAUGACAGUACUAGAAGAGCCUUGGAAAUGGAUAAACACAAUCCACAUUUGGAGCUCACUCUUAGUACACAAAAGAAGAUAUCAUCAGUAUUAGAGCAUUUGAAUAGAAAAUGGGGGAACUCAAGCAUAGCAUCAGGAGAGCUUAUGCUUUUCCCUUAUGGUGUUCAAAGAGAAAACCUUAGGGGUCAUCAGAGAUGGACUCAAGCAACCAUUGUCAGUGCAGCAGAUGUAUUUGCAAUGGUUGGAAGUCCCCAAGUAUUUCGCCUAAGGUAUGGUUGGCUUGCUGAUACUGAAAUUGCAUCUUUGUCGGGGCAAGCACCUCUUUCCUCGUCCUACAUUCCAAGUUUGCAUGAUAUGAACCUAGAAAGUAGGAAUGGCCAAAUUGGGGAAGAAGUACAAGCUGUCUCAUCUGAUGGUGAUCAGUGUUGGAAACUUGAUGAUUGUUGCAAGAAUCAGUCAAUGUUACAGAAAAAAAAUCAAGUCCUUGAAACUUCGUUGGAUGAUUUUCACGAUGAGAUUAAUGCAUACAUUAACACUAGUUCUAAAGAUAAUCUCAGGGAUGCCCAUGUUCCUGCAAGAAAUGCAUCAUCAGAUAGAAGUGAGGCUUGCAAUGUUUCUAUCAUGAGACGGUCGGAGGAUAUGGAUGAUCAGAGAUUGAACAAUAGCACCGCUGCAUUAUCUGCUGGAGAAUGGGCUGACAGUCUGACAAACAUAAGUGUCGGAGAUCUUCUUGCAGAAGUGCCUCACGACUUCGACAAUAACUGUGUCGACCACCCUGUUCCAGAAAGCUCACUAUGUCUUCAGCAGAUUCCAUUCAGCUGCGACUCUUUUGAUGCAGCCAUUGCUGCUCAUAUUUCUAAGCAUCAAAACAAGAUGGAGGUUCCAUCAUUGGCAUCCCGUGCAUCUUCCAUCUGGGACGCUGAAGAAACAUGCGACGCCUUCUUAUUUUCGAAGAAUCCUAAUCCUUUUACCGACAUUGCUAGAUUAUCUGAUUCCGCUUCCCCAUCAGCUUGCGAACAGAUUGCAAGAUCUGACACACUUACUGAGGUAUAUUUGCUUCCAAUCACACAAUUUGAUAAGCCUGGUAAAAUGUUUAUUCCGCUUUUCAUGCAGUCACCUGAUCGGGAGGAGACGGUGGAAGAUAUUGCUUGUGAAGACCUUGUGGACAAGUGCCCAUCUGAUCCCGACAACAUGGAUACUACAGAAAAGGAUUUCAAUGGGCUGAGUGACAUUUAUUGGCCCGACUCUUUAGGACCACUAGAACUCGAUGCACCAUCUCGGAAGUAUCAUAGUGAAGAAUUGAUAUUAGGUGAUAGCCUUGGAAUUUUGAACCGUUUAAUAGCCAGCAGUCUGGAUGCAUUUCAAAAUUGCUCAUUCUUCGGGUUGGACAAGAAAGAAUCAACGUCAACAGUCGAAGUUCGGGACACUGCAUCCCCGGCUUUCAAAAUUGGCAGCGAGGGUUGAAAAUCUUCAUCGAGUUCUAUAUGGGAUGGCACUAAUCUAGAAUAACGGAUUUUGUUGUCGGAAAACCUUCGAAUACCGUGACUAAUUACAAGUUUGGCUGACCCGAAAGGCGGACAGGUCAAGUGGAGUUUAUUAUAGGAUUUCCAACUGACCCUAGGAGUGAGCAUCGUCGACUUGUACAAAAAACUGAAGCAUUUCACUUUGUUUAUAGACAAGGGUGAGCCGUUCGUUCUGAUUGUAACAAUUUGCACUAUCUUCAAUAGAUAUGAUG